AUGACUUCUCACUCGCACUGUUCAAAGACGGGAAUGGAGUCCUUAGUCAGUGCUCGUCCGAUCUGUUUGCUUGCACUUGGGAAAAGGAGUCUGUCCCAGAGAAUCGGUCAUCAUCAUCAUUGUCAGCUCAUGACAUCAGUGCUCAACACCAAUGCUUCACUGCCGUACAGCCAUGACUUAUUUGAAAACCUUAUUGUAAAGAAAAGAAUAAAGGUGGAUGGGGGAGGGACUUAG